AUGUCUACCCAACGUCUUUGGUUGCGCUGCGAAAAGAAGGAGUUCGAGCGCCGGACGGCCAUCACCCCCACCACCGCCAAAAAGCUGAUCGAUGCCGGAUUCGAGAUUUCUGUUGAGCGGGACUCGCAGAGGAUCUUCAAGGACGAGGAGUACGAGGCCGCCGGCUGUACGCUUGUUGAGCACAAUUCCUGGCCGAGCGCGCCGGUGGACGUGCCUAUCAUUGGCCUCAAGGAGCUCCCGGUCUCGGAGGACCCGCUCCCGCACACGCACAUCCAGUUCGCGCAUUGCUACAAGCAGCAGGGCGGCUGGUCCAAGGUCCUCGCGCGCUUCCACAAGGGCCACGGCACGCUCUACGACCUCGAGUUCCUCACCGACGACCAGGGCCGGCGCGUCGCCGCGUUCGGCUACCACGCUGGCUUUGCGGGCUCCGCCGCGGGCGCGCUCGCGCUCGCGGCCGAGCGCGCCGGGAAGCCUCUGGGCCAGCUCGAGCCGUUCGAGAACGAAGACGCGAUGGUCGAGGGCGUCCGGCAGGCGCUUGGUGGGAGCGCGAAGGGCCUGAAGGUGAUCGUCAUCGGCGCGCUUGGUCGGUGUGGGCGCGGCGCGGUCGACCUGUUCCGUAAGGUCGGCGUGGAGGAGGACGACAUCAUGAAGUGGGACAUGGCUGAGACGGCCAAGGGCGGGCCUUUCCCCGAGAUCCUUGAGGCGGACAUAUUCGUGAACUGCAUCUACCUGGCGACACCCAUCCCGCCGUUCAUGACGCAUGAGCAAGUCAAGGUGGCGGGCAAGGAGCGGCGAUUGCGCGUCGUCGUCGACGUCAGUUGCGACACGACGAACCCUCACAACCCGAUCCCCAUUUACUCUGUGAACACGACCUUCGCGAAGCCUACGGUGCCGGUCGAAGUUGGGUGCGGCAACCCACCGCUGGCGAUGGUGUCCAUCGACCAUCUGCCGACGCUGCUUCCGCGCGAGGCGUCAGAACAGUUCAGCACGAACCUGCUGCCGUCGCUGCUGGAGCUGCCGCAGCGCGAGAGUGCACGAGUGUGGGUGGAGGCGGAGAAGCUGUUCAAGACGAAGCUUUCGGAGGCCGUUGCCGUUGAGGGGCUGUGA